UGCCUUUAAUGUUUCCUAUGGCUUCUUAUACGAAUGAAUCAUCUCAAAUAAGUAGGUCUUCAUCAUCUUCUAUGAUUUUGGCACCUUCAACUGAGUCUGAGUCUGAUACAGAAGAAGAAGUGUGUUUUACAUUUAAUGAAGGAAUUGAACAACUUAGAAAGGAUCUUAUGAAAAAUGAACAAACAUUCACUGCAACUGAGUAUAUUAUUCCCAUAUUUGAGCCAAAAUUUUCCAACAUAACUGCCAUUUUUGCUUUUGACAACAGCACUAAUCAUUCAACAUAUGCAAAGGAUGCACUUAUUGCAUUGAGAAUGAAUUUGGGGCCCAGCAGAAACCAACCAGUAAUGUGGUUAACAACUUAUAAUGAUGCUAAUAGAAAUCAACAAUUUCAGAGUAUGGCUUUUGAAGAGGAUUAUGAAGAUCCAGCUAUGCAAGAAAAGCCAAAAGAAAUAAAAUUAAUAUUGCAAAAAAGAGAACUUUAG